CUUGAUAUACUCACCAUGGAGCCUAAGGGGUUAAUCAUCCACAUUGUGUAAAAAAGAUGUUUGAUCCUGUCUUUUCUGAUCCUCUCCUUCUUCUGCUGUUCCCAAUACAUCUGCUGAUAGAACAGAGUCUUGGGGGCAAGCUGCACAUGCUCAGUUUAAUGUGUAUUCCUAGAGAGAUUUUUUUUUGCUUGGGAGGGUGCAUGUGAUCAGCACAGGACCAAUCAGCACUGUCCAGACAGAGGGUCAGGGGUUAUGAAAUCCAUAUGGCAGUGAGAGGAGAAUGAAAACUUCUCCUACAAGCUUUAACCAGUGCUCAGCUGGACACUGAUAGAAGUCACAAGACUGCUCUAACUGCUAAUGAGAAAAGGUAUUUAG